GAGCGCGCACGCUCUCGCUCUUUUUUCUGUUUUCUACUGGGAAACUCAAGGUAUUUUUUUUUCUGCCACCUCCAAUCUGAUCGACCCAAGAAGCUGCCAUUUCUAAGAAAAACAGGGGAUUUCCGCGGAACGGGGGAGAUCAUAAGGGAGUAUCCCAGUCAGAGGCGGCGUGCUUCACCUCCCGGCGGUCUGCGGUCUUCCUCACCCGGAGCGGAGCGAUGAGUCUGAGCACCAGCGAGCUGGAGGACCUGUGGGAGUCGUUCGGGGAGCUCAACUUCUCCGAGACCUUCAGCAAUAUAUCAAGCGUGGACGCGAUGGUGUGCGCCACGGCGUUCAACCGCAGCGCCCUGCUGUACUCCAUGUGCGUCCUCUACACCUUCAUCUUCGUCGUGGGCCUGGCCGCCAACGCCCUGGUCCUGUGGGUCAACGUGCGCGCCCAGAGGGACUCCGCCCCCCGCCACGAGACGCACAUGUACAUCGCGCACCUGGCCGUGGCCGACCUGUGCGUGUGCGCCACCCUGCCGGUGUGGGUGAGCUCGCUGGCCCAGCACGGCCACUGGCCCUUCGGCGAGGUGGCGUGCAAGCUCACGCACCUGCUGUUCUCCGUCAACCUCUUCGGCAGCAUCUUCUUCCUGGCGUGCAUGAGCGUGGACCGCUACCUGAGCGUGACGCGGCGCGGGGACGAGGGCGGCGUGCGCAGGCUGGUCCGCCGCGGGGCCUGCCUGGGGGUGUGGCUCCUGGCCCUGGUGGCGUCCCUGCCGGACACCUACUUCCUGCGCACGGUGAAGUCGACGCACGGCGACGCCACGCUGUGCCGGCCGGUGUACCCGGAGGGGAACCCCCGGGAGUGGAUGGUGGGCGUGCAGCUGAGCUUCAUCCUGCUGGGCUUCGUCCUGCCGUUUCCCGUCAUCGCCUUCUUCUACGCCCUGCUGGCCAGAGCCUUCACGCACUCCGCCUCCUUGCCGUCCUCCCCGGUGGAGCAGGAGCGCCGCGUCAGCCGCCGGGUGAUCCUGGCCUACAUCGUGGUCUUCCUGGCCUGCUGGGGGCCGUACCACGCCGUCCUGCUGGUGGACGCGCUGUCGCAGCUGGGCCUGGUGCCGCUGACCUGCGGCCUGGAGAACGUGAUCUACGUGGCGCUGCACCUCACCCAGUGCCUGUCGCUGCUCCACUGCUGCUUCAACCCCAUCCUCUACAACUUCAUCAACAGAAACUACCGCUACGACCUGAUGAAGGCCUUCAUCUUUAAAUACUCCACCAGGACUGGCUUGGCGCGGCUCAUCGAGACGUCCAACAUGUCGGAGACGGAAUACUCCGCCGUGGCUGUAGAAAAUCCCCCACAGAUCUGAGAACUUCACACUUCUUUUAUUUUAUUAUUAUUUUUUUUACAGAAACAUGAUAUAAUGAAACAUAUGUUACAAAUGAUUUAGUUCCUCUUCUAUUGAAAAUCAGUGUUUUUAUCAUUUUUACCGCAGACAUGGAGCUGGAGUCGUAAAGUUUGAAGACUCUGGUGGACUGACUGAAAAGCACUUAGAAAACUUUUCUUUUUGUAACAGUUGAUACUGAAAUCACAUGAUUGUAGUCACUAUAUCAGUAAUGACAAAGCCGUGACUGCAGAUGUGGUGAAUCCUUUUCCAUGGAAGUUGGAUUGUGACUGUAAAUAUAUAUAUUUGUAUGUGUGUGUGAGUGAGUGUGUGUAUACUAUGUAUAUUGAUAGCCUCAGCAGAGUAAUAUUGUUAAUCUCUUUUGUUGUUGUUGUUGUUGUAUCUAGUUGUAUUUAUAUACAUUUCAGCGGUUUUUGCAUCUUUCUUGUAGAGUCUUCACACACUGACGUUGCUGCUCAGCGCUCCGUUUCGUUACAACGCUGCCUCAUCGCGUUCGUUGAGCCACGGCCGCUGGCUCAGUGUUUCAGUCCUGCUGUCUCAAUAUUAUUCAUAAGCUCACGUCGCACCGGCUGAACUCUCCAGACAAGUAUUAAUUCACAAAGGUUUCUGGGAAAUCACAAAGCUACUGUAGGAAUAUGUUUGUUUUUUUUUCCACCGUUCAGGCCACUCUCGUUUAUAUAAACCGAUAAUAAAAAGAAGCAUUAACUUGUUUUGUCCUCACGUUGGUUCUGUCUGGAGGCUUCAGUUGGGACUACUGAUCUUAAGGAGCAGAUAAACGGAGCUCCUGACUGCUCUUAAAGGCCUUUUUAAACCACAUUAAACUGUACUGUCAUGAUAUUUUGUACCAGUGCAGCGGAAACACUCGUCCAUGUGUUGUUAAUCCUGCUGAGUCAGCACAGAGACCACAGACAGCUAAAGCUUUAUGACCAAAAUAAUGAAUGAAAAGCUUUACUCCUCUCAUGUUGUGUAACGUCCAUUUAUCAGAGAGACCAAAUAACCAAACAUCACUGCGUGUGUGUGAGCCGAAGCUUCAAACCAAAAGAUGAUCGUCGAAACACCGAGAUACAGUUCCUUCACUGUGUGUUCUGGGAAGUGAAACAUUAUUUUGUGUUUUGUUUUUUUACUGUGUCACCUGAUUGGUUCAUUGUAUGAAUUCACACUGACAAGAUUUCAACCGGUGAUUAGAAAUGAGCGGUGGCACGAACACAGGCGUUCCUCCGGCAUCGUAAUGCGUAACAUGUGUUUUUUGCUAUAUAUAUUAAAGACAGAGAAAAUC